AUGACCUCGCGCAGGUGGUUUCACCCCAACAUCAGUGGAGUUGAAGCAGAGAGGCUGCUCCUGUCCAGGGGCCAGCACGGGAGCUUCCUGGCAAGACCCAGCAAGAGCUGCCCAGGGGCCUUCACACUGUCUGUCAGGCGCCAUGAUGAGGUGACACACAUCAAGAUCCAAAACACGGGCGACUACUAUGGCCUCUACGGAGGGGAGAAGUUUGCGACGCUGGCCGAGCUGGUGCAGCACCACACAGGCCAGCACGGGGGGCUGCUCCGCGAGCGUAGCGGGGCCCCCGUCGAGCUCCGGCACCCACUGGGCUGCCGGGACCCCACACCUGAGCGGUGGUACCAUGGGCACCUGUCUGGACAGGAGGCCGAGCAGCUGCUGAUGGAAAAAGGACAUCCAGGCACCUUCCUGGUGCGGGAGAGUCGGAGCAAACCCGGGGACUUCGUGCUGUCGGUGCUCACGCAGCCGCUGGACAAGGCAGACUGCCGGCCGCGGGUCACACACAUCAUGAUCCGCUUCCAGCCAGACGGCACGUAUGACGUGGGAGGUGGGGAACGGUUCAACACCCUUGGAGACCUGGUGGAGUGCUAUAAGAAGAACCCCAUGGUGGAGAAGUCGGGGGUCGUGGUGCACCUCAAGCAGCCCCUCAAGGCCACGAGGAUCAAUGCCGCAAGCAUCGAGAGCCGAGUACAGGAGCUCACCGGGGCCACUGACACCGGCGAGAAGGCCAAGCAGGGCUUCUGGGAGGAGUUUGAGAUGCUGCAGCAGCAGGAAUGCCAGCUCCUGUAUCCCCGGAAGGAGGGACAGCGGCUGGAGAACAAAGCCAAGAAUCGCUACAAGAACAUCCUUCCAUUUGAUACCACCCGUGUCACCCUGCAUGACGUGGACGACAGCGUGCCUGGAGCCAACUACAUCAACGCCAACUACAUCAGGAGUGAUCCAGAAGAGAAGCCAGGCCACGGACAGGGCAAGGUAUACAUCGCUACCCAGGGCUGUCUGCAGACCACAGUGGCGGCCUUCUGGGCGAUGGUGCACCAGGAGAACACACGUGUCAUUGUCAUGGCCACAAGGGAGGUGGAGCGAGGCCGGAACAAAUGUUUCCGAUAUUGGCCAGAGCUGCAUGGCCGCCAAGAACAUGGCCGUGUGUGUGUCUGCAACUUGGCUGAGUACCAGGCCCAGGGCUACUGUGUGCGGGAACUGCAGGUGUGGCGGCCAGAUCAGGGGGAGCCACCGCGCACAGUGAAGCACUACCAGUACUUCAGCUGGCCAGACCACGGGGUCCCGGCCGAGCCGGCCGGCGUCCUCGACUUCCUGGACCAAGUGAACAGGGCACAGAGCAGCAUGCCAGGGGCCGGACCCAUGGUGGUGCAUUGCAGCGCCGGCAUCGGACGCACUGGCACCAUCAUCGUGAUUGACAUCCUGGUGGACAUCAUCCGCAGGCAGGACCCGGGCCGCAGCUCUGGGCCCGCGUCGUCCCGGGCACCGGCGGCGACCCCAGAGGGCCCCGGCGGCGUGUAG